AUGGCCGCAUCCACCGCCCAGCCGAUGAACCCGCCCAGCGAAUAUGGCUCUGACGUUGAAAUACCCUCUGUCGCUGCCGUGAGCGACUACGGAUCAGAUACGGGUUUCGAAGACAUUGACGAAGACACCAUACUCGCUGGGGUGCUGGAGACGAUCCAGACGGCCAGGCCGACCGCGAGAAGCCGCGUGCUACCUAGCAUUGAAUUUGAAGAGGGCGAGCGUGAGGACGAAGAUCAAGAUGUGGACGGCUUCGUACAGGUCCACCGGCCCACGCUGCUGCGCGUUGCAAAGGCUAGGGACAAGGCCACGAGCGUUGCUCCCGCUGGAACAAGGCGAGAGAUGCAAAGCUCGCCGCUUCGAGGACACGAAACGCUGGAAGUCGAGUACGACGAAAGAUCGCUCCCGCUUGAAGAGCCCUCCUCACAAUCGCCCACUCUCACGUCCUCGCGCUUCAAUUCAAUUGCCUCGCCAUCGCGCACAGAGUGGCCCCUCUCCACGCCUCAGGCGGUAGAUAACGCAGACCACGACACACGCCCGCCUAUUGAGCGCUUUCGCACUAAGCCCAAGAAGCCGCUCUCCGUCACAGAUCUUGUAUCGCCAGCAUGGUGUGAGCUGCAAUACUUUUACACCCUCAGCAAGUUCGGACGCAAGCCGCGCACGCAAGCCAUGCGGACGGGGUCUAAGAUACACCAGAAGCUCGAGGACGAGGUGCACACCACAGUGCCAGUCCAAGUGCAGACCAAAGAAGACCGCUUUGGCUUGCGAAUGUGGAAACGCCAUAUCCGGGUCUGCGAGGUCUGGGGCGUGUUAGAGGGCCAAGUCGUCAACGGUGUCAUUGACGAGCUGUCUUACCAGUGUCCGGAUCCUGUCUUCGAAGAGCAGUUUGGGAGCGAGGACGGACAGAACGCGACUGGUGGUGUCGUCCCGCUGCCUCCUGGUCAAAUGAGCAUUACCCAAGCAUUUGGGAAGACUGCAUCGCAAGACGGCGACGGCGAUUGGCUAGGUGGCCUGGAACCUGAUCGGCAGGUCUAUAUUGCAGAUGUCAAAACACGCUCGGCUCGGUCACUGCCCUCGGGUGCCUCUUUGCGGCCGACAUGGAUGCAACUGAUGCUUUACCGCAAACUUCUCGAGUCGCUUUCUUUGAAUACAGUCGAUGCAGAGACUGUUUUUGGAAGAUACGACGUGAUGCCGCUAGAGUCUUUCACAUCCAUUUUCAUGGACCAGAUUGGCGGUAUUGGACCUGACAACGAAGCCACCAGUUACCCGAAUCUUCUCUCCCUGUGGGCUCUACUUGUCACUGAGAUGCAAACCACGCUUCCACCAACUAGUCUGUCUCCCAUACUACGUGCUGAGUUUCGCUACGCGAAGACUGGCGAUGUCAUUGGCAGCGAGCUGACUGUAUAUGAAACUGAUGUCAUUGACGCGUACAUCUCCGAGGAGAUGGCUUGGUGGAAGGGCGCAAGGGAGGCAAAAGGGGUUGAAAUGGAGGAAGCAUUCAAGUGUAGGAUAUGUGACUUUGCUGAGUCCUGCUCAUGGAGAAAGACGAAAGUGGAAGAGGCAACAGAAAAGAGUCGGCUGAGAAGGCUUGCGAGGGAAAAGAGCGCUGUCUGA